CAGAGAAGUGAAGUGAAGAAGCGGCAAAGAAGAUCAAGAUGCAGAUAUUCGUGAAAACCCUAACGGGGAAGACGAUAACUCUCGAGGUAGAGAGUAGCGACACGAUAGACAAUGUGAAAGCGAAGAUUCAAGACAAAGAAGGCAUUCCUCCAGAUCAACAGCGUUUGAUAUUCGCAGGUAAGCAAUUGGAAGAUGGACGCACCUUAGCUGAUUACAACAUUCAGAAGGAAUCAACCCUUCAUCUUGUCCUCAGGCUUCGCGGUGGUAUCAUCGAGCCUUCUUUGAUGGCUUUGGCUCGAAAAUACAACCAAGACAAAACAAUCUGCCGCAAAUGCUAUGCUCGUUUACAUCCAAGGGCUGUAAACUGCCGCAAGAAGAAGUGUGGUCAUAGUAAUCAGUUGAGGCCAAAGAAGAAGAUCAAGUGAGUUCUGGUCGCUGAUUUUGUUUGUCGCUUCUUGAUUUUGGACUCGGAGACCGAAUUUUUGAUUUGCUUAAUUACUGCUGAUUAUAUCUCUGGUUUUGAUUAAUGUUACAUGUUUCUGUUUCUGUCAACUAUAUUUUUGUUAUGACAUUAUAUGAUCUAUUUCAAGUUCCUGUCUCUGUUUGGGCUUGCCA